UACUUUUGUAGGUCUAUCAGGAGCCGAUAUACCUAACCAUAUCCAACCAUGGAAAUUACCGCCUACUCAUCCAAUUCUUUUUAAAAACUCAAACAGUAUUACAAACAACAUGUUUAACGAAUGCUCCUGCAAAAGGGUUGUUAUUAUAUUUUGCUUCCUAGUCAUUUUGCCAAUAGAGGCUGUAUCAGGAGACUGUAGCUCUUCACCACCGUCGUUUGAGCAUUCUACCUUUACAGGCGGUGGGUCAAAGGAAGGAGAUUAUGCUAUCUAUUCGUGUGAUUCCGGUUAUGUGCUUACUGGAGAUCAAAAAUAUGGGGUACAAUUUUGUGAAAGUGGAAAAUGGGUAGGAGAAAACAUUGAAUGCAAAUGUUUACAAUGUCCAGAACCAUCAGCACCCGCAUUCGGAAACUUUAGUUCCAAUAGCUCAGAUUAUAUGGCCACUAUUUCAUACUCUUGUUACCAAGGAGUGAACCUUGAAGGAAAUAGCGAAAGACAAUGUCAGGGUGAUGGAACAUGGAACGGAGAGGCACCAAAUUGUACUGGUAGCAUUUGCAACCACACCGAUGAUGUUGUUAUUGGUGCAUUAUGCUAUAGUAUACGAGUAGAAGGCAAGACGUGGAAAGAUGCUAAAGCGAGUUGUUUAUCUAAUGGCAGUAGCCUUGCCUACAUCGGUGAUGCCGAAUCACAGAACGGGAUUGUUCAUGAGCUAACGAAGAGGUAUGGCAGUGAAGAUCACAACUACUGGAUUGGCCUAUAUGAAGAUAUGUUGUGGUAUUGGAUUGUUUCUGAUUCGCAAAUGAUCUACAGCAACUGGGAUUCACCUUCAGACGCAGAAGAAGGGAAAUGCUGUUACAUGAUGAAUGAUACAGCCACGUGGUCCAGUCAACAUUGUGGUAUUAAAAUAGGAUACAUUUGUCAAUUUGAUGAAACCUGUCCGACAUUUUUUAACACAGGUGGAAAAUUUGAACCAUACGGGCCAGAAGAGAUAGAUGGCAACAAAUAUUGUUUUGUUUUCAACCCUUAUGCGAAUGAGGAGAGAAACUGGGCGAAGGACAAAUGCCUUUACAGAUUUUUAACCCACGAUGGUGGAACAAUAUUAGAAGGAAAACUUGCAGAAAUAUUGAAUAAAGCCACACAAGAUUAUAUUACAAGUGCAAUAAAAUCUAAUCAUAAACUGCAGGGAAUUGAUUACUGGAUUGGGGCUGAGCAAAAGAAUGCCAAUCCUCGCAAGUGGAAAUGGACAAACGGUUUCAACUUAACGUAUUCUUCAUGGGGCAAUAUAGGUUAUUCCAUAGAGCCUAGUCAUCCUUCUGAAAAUUGUGUCGACAUGUUCAAAAUUCCUUAUGCGUAUGACUGGAACGAUGACGACUGUAGCAAGACCGACACACGGUACAUAUGUAGUUAUGAUCCUUGGUUACAUUCAGAAGAUUUUUGUGGCUUCCCAGGUGGUAUUCCACAUGGAGUUGCGGUUACUUCCAUCCAAUCACGAUACGCCAUAGGUGAUAAUGUUACUUACGUUUGCGAAGCUGGUUACCACUUCCAAGGACCGUCUACAAUUACAUGCAUCGGAAAAGGACAGUGGUUUCGAGACCAGCCAUCUUGUAUAGCUGUAAACUGCUCAUUCCCACCGCCAGCCAUUGAGUUUUCGAUGCAUACCGUCGUGUCGUCGCAGUAUCGUGGUAUUGUCGUUUAUAAGUGUACGAGUAAUCUUAUCCUGAUAGGUUAUGGUGUGUCAGUGUGUCUGUCAAAUGCAACUUGGAGUCAUCCAGAAUUUACAUGUGAACAUACGCCAACUUUCUUACAGACCACGUUGUCAAAGACCGAUACGGCUACUGAUCGGUUUACGACGUACCAGCAGAUGACGUCUUUAAAUGAAACAUAUCCUGCGAGGUCAACAACAGAGUCAAUAUCAGCACAAGAAUCGUAUUCUUUCUUUACACACGAACUACAAUCUACAGAAGGUGCGGAUGAAUCUUCCAGUAUAUCUCAUUCUACAGAUGAGGUCGGCUUACCAACUACCACAGAAAAUAGGCCGUCGACAAACGUUGCAAUUACAAUUCCCGAAAUGGAAACAUCGAGUGGAAAAAGCAAUACGUUGCCUUUGGUGACAGACAGCACAUACACUGUGGAAGCAGAUGCAACAGACGGCGUCAUGACAUCAAUGAUGCAAUCGGCAACGUCUGUAGGAGGACCACUGAAUAAAACCACCUUACUGACUACACUGACAAACGAAUCAGUGAAUCCCUCGACCAUGAGGCCGAUUGAGCUGAAAACAGGUAAAAGUCACAACCAGCUAGAGUAUAAAUGA